GCGUGUCGGAAUGGAACCCUCUGCUUGUUUCAGGCCGGUCUCGAUGCUUCGUAACGUUCCAUGGGGCUUAAUCUGCGGGCAGGGGAGAUCUCGAGCGCCCUUCAGUGCACGUGCCUGGUACCAGAUGCUUCUGAAGGAAGGAGACUCGGGGAAGCCGUUAGCAGAUGGUUCUGGUGGAGUUAGCCUCUUGGGCCCAGCACGGCCAUUGAGUCGGCAGGCUCUGAUUAAGCUACUGGAAGCAUCCGUGGUGCACAGGGAUGGUGCACUUGUGGCUAUCAGCAAACCCCCCGGCUUGUCUGUAGCAGGAAAACCAGAUGACAUGACUUUGGUUUCUCUUCUGCCUGAUCUAAGCCAGAAACUGGGCCUCUCGCAGGAUGUGCAGGUGAUCAAAGCUCCAGGAAAGGAAAGUUCUGGACUUGUGCUGCUUUCGGAUUGCCAGAGCACGAUCCGGCAGUUCCAGGAAUUCUAUGCCAAGUGUAACAAAGCAAGACGUCCAGUGGCUACCUACUGUGCCGUCACGACCAGGGUGCCUGCAGACUCGGAGGGCGAAAUCCGGACAGGCCUCAAGCUGAUACGCAAGGAAGAUUCUGAGCUGGUGGUGCCGGUGGCUUCUCCGUCUCGUGGCAGCCUCCAGAGGAGGGAGGUGAAGGACACACGGACGCAUUACAAGGUGUUGGACUCCCAAGAUCAGUGUGCCUUGGUGCAGCUUCAGCCGCUGACAGCUUUCCCAUGUCAACUCCUGGUGCAUCUGACACUGAUACUGAGUCCAGCCCUAGGGGACCACGUGCAUUCUUCCCGCGUAGGGACAGUCCUGGGGGAGCCCUUCCUCUUGCCCCCUGAGAGUACCCCGCCUCGGACACAGGUCCUGGACGAGGCUCUGUUGUGCAAGCUGGGCUUGAAGCAGCUGCAAGUGCAUCGCCUGCCCCUUCACCUCCACCUGCACCAGCUCCUCCUGCCCACUGCCACCUCCUCUGCCUCCAGCACGGUGCUGACGGCUCCUCCUCCUCCCUUUUUCCUGCAGACACUGAGUCUUCUGGGGCUCCGUCUUGCGACAGAAGAAACACGACAAAGGCAUCCAGAGCCUCUGCCCCGACCUGGCAAGACUCGUGCCUGCCCCCGUAAAGUAGGAACAGUAGCCUAAAGCCAGGGGAAUGAAGGCUUCUUUGGAAAGGCUGGGCCCCGUUGCUGCAGACA